AUGGGAAAACAUGGGUCUCUCUUCCAUGUAAUGGAUACCCUCUGCUUGUGUAUCCUCCUUUCAUCUGAAGUGGUUUUGGCUAGUAUUCUAAAAGUUGGCAAGGUCUCUCCCGGAUUUGAAGGCUCUCAAAUGAAUUGGAUUGACAGGGAUGGAAAGUUCCUUGUGUCAAACAAAGGAGAUUUUGGCUUUGGCUUUGUCACCACAGCAAAUGACACCACAUUGUUUCUACUAGCAGUGGUUCACAUGGACAGUACCAAGGUGGUUUGGGUUGCAAAUAGAGCACUUCCUGUUUCCAAUUCUGAUAAAUUUGUGUUUGAUGAGAAAGGUAAUGUCUUUUUGCAGAAAGGAGGAACUGUUGUCUGGUCUACAGAUACAAGUGGCAAGGGAGUUUCUUCAAUGGAAUUACAAGACACUGGAAAUUUGGUUUUGCUUGGGAAAGAUAAUAGAGUGAUUUGGCAGAGUUUCAGCCAUCCAACGGAUACCUUGUUGCCUAUGCAGGACUUCACUGAGGGAAUGGAACUAAUCAGUGAACCUGGUUCUAACAACUUGACCUAUGUUCUUAAGAUUGAAUCUGGCAAUGUUAUUCUUUAUGCAGGUUUUCAAACUCCACAGCCUUAUUGGUCAUUGCAGAAGGAUAGCCGCAUAAUCGUCAAUAACAAUGGUGAUGUGGUAGCUUCAGCAACCCUUAGUGCAAAUUCAUGGAGGUUCUAUGAUAAAAACAAAUCCUUGUUGUGGCAAUUUAUUUUCGCUGAAGAUUCAGCUGCUAAUGCAAAUGCUACUUGGAUUGCAGUUUUAGGAAGUGAUGGCAUUAUCACUUUCUCCAAUCUCCAAAGUGCAAGGUCAAUUGUUGCCUCGCCAACAAGAAUACCCCAAGAUUCUUGCAGUACACCAGAACCUUGUGAUCCUUAUAACAUAUGCACCGGUGACAAAAAGUGUAGUUGCCCUUCUGUUCUUAGCUCUAGUCCUAAUUGCAAACCAGGGUUUCUCUCCCCUUGCAACUCCAAAAAUUCCAUUGAGCUCUUGAAAGCUGAUGAUAGACUCAAUUACUUUGCGCUUGAGUUUCUUCCACCCUCUUCAAAAACCGAUUUGAUUGGUUGCAAAACUUCAUGCAGUGAAAACUGCUCAUGCCUUGCUAUGUUCUUCCAAAGCAGUUCAGGGAACUGUUUCCUUUUGGACAGGAUUGGAAGCUUUGAGAAAUCUGAUAAUGAUUAUGGUUUUGUCUCUUACAUUAAGGUCUCUAGUGAUGGAGGAGCUGGUACGGGCAUAGGGAAAAGUGGAAGCAGCAAUAUUCAGACAAUAGUUGUUGUGAUCAUAGUUAUAAUAACAUUGCUUGUGAUUUCUGGUAUGCUCUUUGUGGGACAUAGGUACUUCAGGAAAAAGCAAAAUUUGCCUGAGUCUCCUCCCCAAGAGAAUUCAGAAGAGGACAAUUUCUUGGAGAAUUUAACUGGGAUGCCAAUCCGUUUUAGUUACAAUGAUCUAGAAACUGCAACCAAUAACUUCUCAGUGAAGCUUGGGCAUGGUGGUUUUGGCUCAGUCUAUAAAGGAGUUCUACCAGAUGGGACUCAACUAGCUGUGAAGAAGUUGGAAGGCAUUGGCCAAGGGAAGAAAGAGUUCAGGGCUGAAGUAAGCAUAAUUGGUAGCAUUCAUCAUAACCAUUUGGUUAGGCUUAAAGGGUUCUGUGCUGAAGGAACUCAUAGACUUCUUGCUUAUGAGUACAUGGCCAAUGGUUCAUUGGAUAGAUGGAUAUUCAAUAAAAACAAAGGAGAGUUUUUGUUGGAUUGGGAUACUAGGUUUAAUAUAGCACUUGGAACAGCAAAAGGACUUGCUUACCUACACCAAGAUUGUGAUUCAAAGAUUGUUCAUUGUGAUAUCAAACCAGAAAAUGUGCUUCUAGAUGAUAAUUUCUCUGCCAAAGUUUCAGAUUUUGGUCUGGCUAAGCUCAUGACACGUGAACAAAGUCAUGUUUUUACAACACUAAGGGGCACCAGGGGGUAUCUUGCACCAGAGUGGAUCACAAACUAUGCUAUAUCAGAGAAAAGUGAUGUUUAUAGCUACGGGAUGGUGUUGCUAGAGAUUAUUGGUGGAAGGAAAAAUUAUGAUCCUACUAAAAGUUCAGAGAAAUCCCAUUUCCCAACUUUUGCUUUUAAGAUGAUGGAAGAAGGGAAAGUGAAAGAUAUUCUUGAUUCAAAGUUGAAAACAUAUGAAAAUGGUGUGGAUGUGAGGGUUCACAUUGCUGUCAAAGUUGCAUUGUGGUGCAUACAGGAAGACAUGUCUCUGAGACCUUCAAUGACCAAAGUUGUUCAAAUGCUAGAGGGUCUAUGUACUGUUCCUAAGCCACCAACUUGUUCUCCCAUGGCUUCUCGCCUUUACUCAACUUUAUUCAAACCCACCAGCGAGGGUGGCACUUCUUCAGGACCAUCAGAUUGUACUAGUGAUGCAUAUCUCUCUGCUGUUCAGCUUUCAGGACCAAGAUAA